AUGGGGGCGAAGAGAGGAUCUCAUCUCAAUUCGGCUCAAAGUAUUCAUUUGAGGAGUAGCGACCCAAGUGAAUUAUCAUCGCUUCGUAAACCAACCAUGAACACGUCUCGUAAGCCAAAUCCUAUACUUUCAGCUCCGGGAGUGAGCAGGAACCCUGCCAUCAAUACUGAAGCUAGUCGCUCGCAACAGCGACGGAAUGAAGAUGUCGCCACAAACCGGAACCCUCUCGGGGUGGCAUCUGAGAACAGUGGACGAAUUCUCGGUGUGCAAGAGCAUCGCAUCAUACACUCUGACCCCAUUGAGUAUACCAAGUUUGACACAAGCACUCUAGUGACUUCAUCUGGAUGGAGAAACAAAUCCCAAGCAGCACAAGGUGGAGUUGGACUCCUCUUAGAUAGGAAAGCUAGAAAAUCUCUACUGAAAGUUGUCCCAUCUAAGAGUGGAAGAAUACUAGUAGCUGAAUUCGAUGGAAAUCCUCAGGAUUCUGUCAUCGAGGAAUUCUACACAGAGCUUAGAAACGUACUACAGGAUGUACCAGCCCACAACUUCCUUGCAGUCAUGGGAGAUUUCAAUGCUAGACUGGGACCUGAACAUGUACCUCAUCCAUUUCAUGAGCUAACAAAUAGAAGUGGAAACUAUCUUGCUGAAAUUCUCGUUGAAUUUGGUCUACUAGCAGUAAACACACAAUUUAAGAAGCGCCCUGGAAAACUUUGGACAUUCAAAUGUAGAGCAUCCAACACACUGAAACAACUUGACUACAUUCUUGUUCGGCAAAAAUGGAGAAAUAGCGUCCAUAACGCAGAAGCGUACAACUCCUUCAGCACAGUGAAGUCCGACCAUAGAAUAGUGUCUGCAAAGAUCAAGCUCAGUCUGAGAACCUCAAAAACAGCCCAGAAAGUCAAAUACGACUGGAAACAGUUCUCCAGCAAUACUGAGCUUCAGAAAAAAUACACAGUCGCUGUUAAGAACAGAUUUCAAAUUCUGAUGGAUGAGAGCAACAGCGAAAGAUACGAAAAGUUCGUAAAAGCCAAUCAAGAAGCAAUGAAAGAAUGUCUCCCUAAACGAGCUAAAAUCAAGAAAUCACUCAGGUCAUUAGACCCCAGAGUCUCUGAAGCUCGCCAGAAAGCACAAGAAGCCCAGAGGCAAUAUGAGUCAUCUAAAACUGACGAAGACAAAGAUCUCUGGUCUGUAGCAGUAAAUAACCUUUAUCAAGCAUACAAGCUGGCACAAGAAGAAGAACUAGCUGAACAGAUACAAGGUAUUGAAACUGCACAUGGAGAGCAAAGAUACGGAGAGGCAUGGAAAGUCGUUAAUGAGAUCACUGGUAGAAAGAAAGCUAAGGAAGGACAGGUAGCCGGAAAUAGCCCUGAAGAGAGAGUCAGCACAUGGUAUACGCACUUCAAGAAUCUCUUAGGGAACCAACCUGAUGUAGACGAGCCUGAGGAGGAAAUUCCAAAGGUGUUCGAUGAUAUCGACAUCAAUGAUGAACCUUUCACUCUAGCUGAAUACAGAAAAGUGAAAUCCUCCCUGAAGCUAGGCAAGGCAGCAGGUCCGGAUGAAAUACCCCCGGAAGUCUUCAAACUGUGUGACUUUGAUAGUGUUUGUUUAGGUUUCUGUAAUGAUGCACUCGCCAACAAUGACAAACCAGAUACAUGGUCAUUCAUGAACAUUGUAACUGUGCCCAAGUCUGGCGACCUAUCAAAAACUGAUAACUACAGGGGCAUCAGCUUGAUAUGCAUCAUAGUCAAGAUUUACAAUCGGCUCAUACUAAAUCGUAUCCGGAGUGUUAUUGACCUACGUCUCAGAACUAAUCAGAAUUGUUUUCGCCCCGGGAGAACAACAGUAGCACAGAUUCUUUCCCUCCGUCGAAUAAUCGAAUGUGUCAAAGCCAACAACUUGAAAGCAGUCUUUACUUUUAUAGACUUUCGGAAAGCAUUUGACUCCAUACACAGAGGUAAGAUGAUUCGCAUACUUAAGGCAUAUGGAAUUCCACCUAAUCUUCUUCGAGCAAUCGAAAAGAUGUACACUAAUACCAUGGCCAAGAUCGUAACACCUGAUGGAGAAACUAGUAUGUUUGAAAUAACUGCUGGAGUUUUACAGGGAGAUACCUUAGCACCAUUCUUAUUUAUCAUAGUACUGGACUAUGCCCUGAGAAAAGCCAUCUCUGGAAAUGAAGAGGAAUUGGGUUUCACCAUACUGCCUAGAAAAUCCAGAAGACACCCAAAACAAGUUCUUACUGAUCUUGAUUUUGCUGACGACAUUUCCUUACUAUCAGAUGAAAUUGUCCAAGCACAGGAACUGUUAUCUAGAGUAGAGAGGGAGUGCUGUGGGAGCUGGACCCUGACAGUAGCCCAGGAGAAGUCGCUAGACGGAACCUACACACGCAUGCUCCGUAAGGUUCUAGACAUUCACUGGUCAAGCCAGAUUCCCAACGAGUUCCUAUAUGGUAACCUCCCAAAGGUCAGUGAUAAGAUAGCCUCCAGGAGAUUGCAGCUAGCUGGGCAUUGCUUCCGUCAUCCAGAGCUCAGCGCUCAAUCUUUGGUACUGUGGGAGCCAAAUCACGGACGCCGUAGGAGAGGUAGACCCAAGGCCACGUUUUAG